AUGUCAUCUGAACCUCUAAGAUCACUUAACGUGCUUAUCAGCGGAGCGGGCAUCGCCGGCCCUGCCACGGCCUUUUGGCUCAGCCGCCUCGGACACAAGUGCACCAUUGUCGAGCGGUUCCCGGGUAUCCGAGAAAAUGGUCUCCAGAUCGAUGUCCGCAAGGAGGGCGUCGAGGCUAUGCGCCGCAUGGGUCUCCUCGACGAGGUCAAGAAGCACGUCGUUGACGAGCUCGGGACCAAGUUCGUCGACUCCAAGGGCCGCUGCGUCGCCCUCUUCCCCAAGAUUGAGGAGGACAAGCACGGAAAGCAGGGAUUCACCAGCGAGUACGAGAUUAUGCGCCACGAUCUCGUCAAGGUCCUCGUGGACGCGUCCAAGGACAACGUCACGUAUCGCUUCAACCUCUCCGUCUCCGAGUUUGACAAUAGGGAGGACAGCGUCGUCGUGACCUUUUCCGACGGCACCGUCGAGACGUAUGACAUGCUCAUCGGCGCCGACGGGCACGGCUCGAGGAUCCGCAAGAUGCUGCAGAAGAGCGAAGGCGAGGGGACGGACCAAUCCGUCAACAUGGGCGUCUACAUGUGCUUCUUCAAGACGCCGCCCACCCCAAACAUGGAAAAGAUGACCAACUUUUACAUCGCCACGCAACAGAGGGUGCUGGCCACGCGGCUGCACUCCGAAGGCCAAGUGUACAUGUCUGUGCGAGGCCCCCCCGACGAGCUGGAGAGCGUCCUGACCAAGGACGUGGGCACGCAGAAGCAGUACUUUGAAAAGGUGUUCCGCGACGCCGGCUGGCGCGCCGAGGAGCUCAUCGAGGCCAUGCACAAGACGGACGACUUUUAUGCCACGUCGACGCACGUCAUCCGCAGCAGCGUGUGGUCCAAGAACCGCGUCGUGCUCGUCGGCGACGCGGGCUACUCGCCGACGCCGCUGACGGGCACGGGCACCAGCCUCGCGCUCAUCGGCGCCACGAUUCUGGCUGGCGAGGUCGCCAGGCACGGCACGGACGACCUGCCGGGGGCGUUUGCGGCGUAUGAGCGGACGCUGCGGCCGUACGUGGACAUUGUGCAGGACAUUCCGAGAUCGGUGACGCAUGGGCCGUUUUGUGAGGGAAAGGCGAAGUUGCGGUUCGUUCAGUUGUUGCUGUGCACUAUGACGAAGUUGAGGCUGGACAAGCUGUUCCAGUCGUUCAUUUUGAGAUCGAACGAUCCGUUUCGCAUACCCCAGUAUCCAGAAUUGGACAAGUUGAUCGGCAGCCAAGCAUGA